UAGUAUAUACCUAGUCUUUGUAAAAUCAAUAAUCAUAUAUAUUAUUUCGAAUUUAUAUAUUUAAAUUUUCGUGAAAAUUGAAUUCGAGAGAAUCCAUUUAUACGAUGUAAUUUCUAAUCAAUUAAAUAUCUAUAGAUUUAUUAAAAUGGCCACCUCAGUCAAAGAAUUUGGUAAAGCCUGGUGGGCUGAAGUGUAUAAUCGUAUAAUUGGCGCAGUAGUAUUUAUUGACGAUUAUAGCUCAGAAUGCUUACACUGGGACGGUGGGCUAUUUAACCUAUUAGACGGCGGUGCAGUAGCGGUCAAAAGUUUAUCGCCAUUUGAGGUUUGCGAAAAAGACCAACGUAAGGCUGUUUUCAUAACACAGUCAACCAGCACUCAACUACAAACCAUAAAAGAAAUAAUACAUAACAGCGACUUAACUCAUUCUAUAUUGAUAUCCUGCAUUAGUUUAGAUGUGUUAUACUUGGAGUUGAAUAAAGAUAAAGAUGUGACAGAUGUAGUGACAUCUGGGAAAGCUGCUUUGGAAGCUACUAAGCAGCUAGAAGGGAUGUUAACAGGAUGGAUUAAUAAACAGCCAUGUGCAGUGGAGGUUGUUUACAUCCCAAUAUUCACUAUAUCACCUACAAAUGUGUUAUUUCUGACUCCUCCGUAUCAAAGUGUAACACCGCAAUAUAAUGGCAAGUUGAUCCCAGAUUCCACUUCGAUUGAUCUCUAUACUUUAACAGAUCAUGAAAGAUCUAUGCUCCGGCGAUUAGCUGGUAGUUUAAACAGUAUGUUGGACUCCAUGAAUUUUAAAGAAGACAUUUAUUACAUUGGCCAAUAUAGUUCACUUCUUGCUGGGGUUUUAGAGAAUUCGCCUGUUUGUGUUGCUAGAAAGAAGAAUUGUUCUACUCCAGUGUCAUUGGUCAUUGUUGACAGAACAUUUGAUCUCUGCGGUGUAACUAGUCAUUCUGUUGAGUCUGUCCUAGACAAAAUGAUGGGAGUUUUACCAAAGUUCCCAGGGCAAUGUAAUGAAAUUGCUGUGGAUAUGUCACCAUUAUGCGCAGCUAAUGCUGUGUUCCAUCCUGAUGAUGUUCAACUCAGUCCAGGCUGUCUUUACCACGCUGAUGAUGACUCUUGUGUCCAGACAUAUGACUAUAUGAUAAAUAAAUCACAAAAGGAAGUCAUGUUUGAUCUCUAUAAUAAGCUGUCAAAGAUUGAUGUACAGAAGUCACCCGGUCCUAAAAUGCUCUUGAAAGUGACCCCUCAAAGUGUUGAAAAAAUUAUUUCAGCUUCAAAAGGUAACUAUGACAUAAUAAGCAAACACAUUGGCAUAUUACAACAAGCAUUGGGUGUGGUUCAAAUGCUCAAGUCCCCGAAAAGAAGCCAAAUGGAACUGCUGAUGAGUUUGGAGAAGCAAGUGCAGGAAAAUCUUGCUGCCAGUAGGGAAUCAACUAGUGUUUUGCAUCAACUAAGCUACCUAAUAAAAACACGCAAAGAGCGGAACCUGCACUUAAAAAACCUACUCGCCCUAUUAGUUCAUGUAUACUCACUUGCUGGGACAGAGGUGAUAUUUACAUCUCAGCACGAAGAGCAACUCCAUCAAACCCUCAGUGUUGCCAUGUUUGAGGAUCAUAAAUUCCUAUUUAGCAAUUCAGAUGGAAAUAUGGUCACACCGGAGGAGUGUGAACGGAUUUCUUCAAAUGUUAUGGAUUUGUUAAAACAAGUUUCGCAAAUGAGAAAGAAUUUACAAAGAUACAACUCAGUGCUUAAGCCAUGCGAGAGUGGCAUUGGACAUGAAUACCGUGGGGUUCUCCAACAGCUGGUUGAUGAUUUAGUUAGUACUGACCGACCAGAUAUUCCUGAUCUGCGUCAUAGGAAUGAGGGAAUCAAAGACCUUCUACGUACUGGACUUAACAUCUUAACCAGCAAGAAAUCAAAAAUCAAGCACCCAAUGGACAAUCAGACAGUAAUAAUCUUUGUCAUUGGAGGUAUUACAGCAGAUGAGUGCAAACAACUCCACCGUAGUGUGAUCACGAGUGGUAUUGAUAAUAAUGUUUUGAUCGGAUCAACUAAAUUUGUGAACCCAGUUGAUGCAAUGAUGGAUGUCCUGAUGUUAUAGCGGUUGCAGGAUCAACGCUUGGUGAGAACUCGGCGUGUCUUUAAAAGACGACCCAAAUGGUGAAGAAUUCACAUACAUAUAAACUACUUAUCGGAGAAUAUUUCAGACAUUCUUCAAGAUAGUAUAAUGAAUAAUGAUAUUCCAUAUGAUAGUUUAAGUCCAUAUAAAUUAUUAAUAUAUUAGCUGACCAGUCAUAUUCAGUCACAUAGAUGUCUUAAAUACAAAAAAAUAAUGUUAUUGUAAAUUUAAAUUUUAAAUCAUUGUCAAACACGUCAAAAAUUCAUUGGCGUUUAGCAGUUUACAAACACACGCACAGUAGAUUUCUAUAUACAUAUAUAAAGAUUAAUAUAUAAGGUAAUUUAGAAAUAAUUUUUGUCUUAAAUUAAUGAACAUAAAUAUAAGUGUUAUUUGUAUUUUAUGAUUUAUCCUAUUGUUUUUUACCAUAUUAUCUUUUGUUAAUGUAUAAUUGUGGUAGUUGGCUAAAUAAGUAUUUAUUUACUUAGUGUUAUUAAGUAAUAACAGUAUAGGUUUGUUUUUAAAAUGAGCUUGAUAUAAUUAAAUUAUAUUCCAUUGUGUAUAUUUUGUUGUGAAUUUGUAAUAAUAUAUUUAUUGAUAAUAUUUAAGGUAUGUGCAAUGCAAUUACAAUGCAAACAAAAAUAAAUUCUUUAUUAUUUAA